AAACGGAUCGCGGAGGCUGUCGGAAGCGGAGCUCGGGAAGGCUCUUGUCCGUCCGGGAGUUAGAGUAGCGGGAGGAGGUCGUAGAGGUAGCACGACCAAGGGAGGGGCCGCCGCCACCACCUCCAGCAUGGCCAUGUCCGAGACUCAGCUGAAGAAAAUGCUUGCUAAGUACAAGUACAGAGACCUGGCUGUUCAGGAAACUGUCAACGUUACUGGCCAGUACAAAGAUCUCAAACCUGUUAUGGAUAACUAUGUUUUUAAUGAUGGUUCAUCAAGAGAAUUGAUGAGCCUCACUGGAACUAUUCCUGUAAAUUACAGAGGCAACAUAUACAAUAUCCCGAUAUGUCUGUGGCUAUUGGAUACAUAUCCAUUCAAUCCCCCAAUCUGUUUCGUUAAGCCAACUAGUUCGAUGACGAUUAAAACUGGGAAACAUGUUGAUGCAAAUGGCAGGAUAUAUCUUCCUUAUCUACAUGAAUGGAAACAUCCACAAUCAGAUUUGAUAGGACUGAUUCAAGUUAUGAUUGUGGUGUUUGGAGAGGAACCUCCUGUCUUUUCUCGACCAACCAUUUCAGCUUCCUAUCCGCCUUACCAAGCAACAGGGCCACCAAACACUUCCUAUAUGCCAGGAAUGCCAAGUGGAAUCUCUCCUUUUCCUCCUGGACCACCUCCUAACCCAAGUGGUUAUUCAGGCUACCCUUAUCCUACACCUAGUGGGCCAUUUCCAGCAACAACUAGCACACCACAUUAUCCUUCUCAGCCUCCUGUAACCACUGUGGCAGAUGGCAGAAGAAAGCAGAAACAGGUAUGGAUUUGUGGUCAUUCCUAUGUUUUCUGGGCAGAAAAACGGGCACUUGACAGAAGCUUUGGUCCACAAUUGGGAAUUCGACUGGAGGAUGCCAAAUUACAUUGGCUAGGAAAGAGUGGAAUGAUGUGGGAUCAAUUAGUACCCACCCUGUUGCAUACACGACGGAGGCUAACAGAUCCUGAUAUACUGGUGAUCCAUCUAGGAGGCAAUGACUUGGGGAUAACCAGUAAUGUGGAUGUCAUAAACCGAAUGAAGAAAGAUUUUGGACAUCUUAAGCAAAUAUUCAAGAAUAGCAUUCUAGUCUGGUCUAAUAUCAUACCCAGGAAAGUAUGGAAUCAAGAGAUACCCCAUAAAGUGAUGGAGAAAAGCAGGAGAAGAAUCAAUCAGGAAAUUGGCUAUUUUAUGCAGUAUAUUGGAGGAACUGUGAUCCAGCAUGAUUUACUUGUACCAGAAUCUCCUGGAUUGUUCCAUCUAGAUGGUGUACUCUUAUCUCAGAGUGGUACAGAUAUCUUCAACCUGGAUUUACAAAGUGCUUUAGAAACAUUGUUUUGAUUUUUAAUUGGAAGAAAAAUGAUACCCACAGCUGUGGACUCUUUCUACAAAUAGAAAGUUCUGAACAGCAUGGUAACGUGAAUUGAUAAAUAACAGACUUAGCCUAAGAUUUAGCUUGGUACUGAUUACUAAUGCAGUUGUCUGUGACAUUGCCCUAUAAUCUGCAAAUAAUUUUUUGUUAAUGUGUUUAACUAUUUUUUGCGAAUUCAGUUUAUUGGUUUUUCAUUUAUUUUAAUUCACUUCUCAUGUAUGUUGAAUGAGACUGCCAAACAAAUUUAUUCUCAAUUGAUCCCAAUUCCACAAAGCUCUCACUGACUAUAGCAAGAUUAUAACAAUCUACAGUAUAAGUAACAGUUUACAAAGCUAUUUCGUGUGAGUCAGAUGGGAUUAAUUAUCAAGUGUUAUCACUAUUGGGGUAGGAGUUAGUGGUGUCAUCUAUUGGCAGAUGAAUGACUUCAUAAUCCCCACCAUAUCUACCUGCUUUAAGUUCUCCUGUAGAAGUUUGACAAGCCCUUUUGUGUAUGCUUGAGGAUCAUGCACAAAGAAAGGAAAGAAAGGGAAAUCCCAUUACGUCAGCUAACGUAGUAAUAUAGUCCACUGUUAACCAAUUCAACAUUGCACGUUAGAACAUAUGUUGCACUUUUCAAACAGUGUGGGAUUAUUUAAAUAUAAUGAAGAUCUAGUUUCUGACACAUUGGUUUUUGAAAAUACUUUAUUUAGUUAAAAAUGUAAGCAAUUCUGUUUCACAAUUGGGAAUAGUGGCUGGUUUAAAUGUAGUAUUCCCAAUUUAAUACACAUAGUUUAUUAAGCUAGGAAUACUAUUUUAGUCCCACACAUUCUUCUCCACUUUUAUGUCUUUUGUACCAGCUUUGAUCCAAAUCACAAUAUCUGUUACUACUGAACUGUGGUAUGAAAUUGUUUCAUUUACUGAGCUCUUAAUUAAUAAUAUGCCUUGAACCAUAUCUAUUUUUGGCGUAAUGGAAAAUUGGUUUAAAAAUGAGGACUAAAGAAUUGCUUUGGAAUUGGGGGAGCAAUUGUUCUAGAUAUGAGAGCUCUUAUACUUGUAAGAAGGGUUUAAAUGAUUCAUUUUCCUACUGUAUGCAAAAUAGUAUCAUAUACUUCUUAGAGCAGUUAUGAUACUUGUAAAAAUGGUAUUUUAAAUAACAGGGUUUACAAAAAUAUUGUUGCUAUGGUUUUGUUAACUCUGAGUGAAUACAUCUUUUGUGAUAAUUAAAAUGAAAUUAUAAUUUUUUCCUGUCAAUAUUCCCACUAAGAUAGCAAAGCACUUGAGAGUUUUUUUGUUUGUUGUGCUUGAAGAAAAUCUUUAUUUGAUUCCAAAUGCAUAAAGGUAGAUGUUCUGCUUAUCCCAAAGGUAUUGUUGAACUGUUUGACAGUAGCUCUAUAAGAGAAUUAUGCCACUUUGUGCUUUGGCAUCAUUGAUCUGAAACAGAAUUUGCUUUGAAGGAAGGGAAGUACAAUUUUAGAAGUAAGGAAGGAAAAUUUAAAAU